CCCCGCAACCUGCCUUGUAAGGAAUGUGCAUGGAACUGGGGUCCUAGCACCGCUGUCGCAACCCACCAGGAAGAAGGAACUAUUUUGGCGCCUUUCGCCCCAGGAUGUGCCCCUGUUCCAGCGGCUUUCUCCAGCAUUGCCGCUUCACGGCCCGCGCACGAUUCAAAGCCUGGCCUGCUACGAUCACCUUCUAGCCCCAUGCAGGGGACCCUCGGAGAACCCAGAGCCACGGACAGUAAUGUUAAGAACCUCCUCAUGUCAUGUCUGAAAGGGCAGCAGGUCAUCAUCAAGAUGGAAGCCAUGAAGAUAAUCCACCCGGAGAAGUUCUCGGAGCUGCAGAGCUCCCAGUCGCGCUACGUCCCCGCCCCCCGCCGCGAGCCUCCGCUGGUCGCCAAGCGGGCCUGGCCGUCCGAUUCGGAGAUCAUCGUGAACCAGGCCUGCGGGGACAUCCCAGCCUUAGACAGUAACCCGGGGGCCCUGGGGUUAUCCCGGACACCACCUCUGCCCCGGCGUGAACGGCUCUACCAAGGACAGCGCAAAGGCAGCUCGGAGAUCUGCUACCAUCGCCAGCCGCCGCCAGAUGAGGUGAUUGUGAACCAGUACGUGCUGCACUCCUCCACCCCAUGCGAGCCGCUGGAGUGCCCGACCUGUGGCCACAUGUACAACUUCACCAACAAGCGCCCGCGCAUCCUCUCCUGCCUGCACUCUGUGUGCGAGGAGUGCCUGCAGAUCCUCUAUGAAUCUUGCCCUAAGUACAAGUUCAUCUCCUGCCCCACCUGCAAGAGGGAGACCGUGCUGUUCACCGACUAUGGACUGGCUGCCCUGGCUGUGAACACGAGCAUCCUCAACAGACUUCCCGCCGAGGCUCUUUCUGCCAACCCCGUGCAGUGGAGCAGCGACGCCGACCGCAGUUGCUAUCAGACCUUCCGCCAGUACUGCGGGGCGGCCUGCACAUGCCACAUCCGAAACCCGCUGUCUUCCUGCACCAUCAUGUAAGCUGUGCGCUCCCUGCCCUCCCCCCUGGUUCUGCCUGUACCCCUCCACCACCCUGGGCAGUGGGACCAUGAGAGACUGGA